AUGCCUGGCGCCAGCAUGCUGCUUCUUCGCGCCCGCUGUGCUCUGCCGUUCCACGCCCGCUGUGCUCUGCCGUUCCGCUCCGCAUUCCGCUGCGCGCACAGCGGCCGCCGGCGUGGCAGCGCGCCUCCGGCGCCUCAGCCGUUCCGGCGAGGAGGCGACCGCCGGACCGCCGACAAGCUGCGCGCCUCGCAGAAGCUUCCGCACCGGGAAAGGCCAAUCAACAACCAGGACAUUGGCGAGCUCAACCUGGUGUUCCUCGGCACGGCGAGCGCGCAGGCGACGACCUCGCGCGCGCAGCAGUCCGUCGCGCUGCGCGUGCAGAACGAGACGUGGCUCUUUGACUGCGGCGGGCAGACGCAGAUGCAGAUGCUGCGCGCCGGCAUCGCGCCGCUGUCGGUGACGCGCAUCUUCAUCUCGCACAUGCACGGGGACCACGUCUUCGGGCUGCCGGCCGUGAUCGCCAUGUGCGCAAACUCGUCGAUGCAGCAGGUGCACGAGCUCCACGGGCUCGAGGCGCUGCAGCAGCCGAAGCACGUGCCCGCCGUCCUGUCGGGCGUGCCUCCGCUCCACGGGGAGGUGCUCGCGCCGCCGCUCUGGCCGGAGGAGGACGGGGCGUGGUCCGUGCCCCACCCGACGGCGCACGGGGGCCGCGCGGCGCCACGCGCGCCAAAGAUGCGCAUCCGGGCAGUCGAGAUGGACCACACCGUCCCGACGGCGCACGGGGUGGAGAAGCGGCUGCUCGGCAACUUCAAGCUCGGGACGCCGAUCGAGCUGCCGACGGGCGAGCUGCUGCAGCCGUCCGACUUCAUGGACCCUCCCACCUCUCGCCGGAUCGGCCAGCUCUGCGACGCAGCGCGGCGGGCACAAUGA